GUCACAGGAUGGGGUUAUAGCUUAGUGCAGAUGGGCUGGUGGUCAUUCAGAGUUGGAGAGUUCAUAGAGGACCUGCGGCCACAGUCACCUUCCUCUUUACACCAUGCCGAAGAGGAGCGAUAUACUUCACUUUGAGAGUGACGAUGAGCUGGUGGCGAAGCCCAAAGCGCAGCCGUGUUUGAAGGUCAUCAUAGUGGUUCAGGUGCUACUGAGCGUGUUCACCACUCUCCUGGCCGUCAAAGUGUUCACAAUGAAGGCCCCGGCCCCAGGGGUCAACUCAGAGAAUAUGUUCCCCAUCAAACUAGAAAGCCUCAGGCAGAUUAGCAACUGCAGCCAAGAGAUGGCAUCCCUGAGACACCAUCUCCAAACCCUGCAGACUCAGGUUAACACCAGACCUCUCUGCCUUGAGCACAAUCUGACUAGUAUGAACUUGCUUCCAGGCCCCCCCGGUCCUAUGGGCCCAGUGGGACCACCAGGUGUACAGGGUACUCCCGGAGAAUCUGUUAUGGGAAAAAGUGGAAGUCCAGGACUACCAGGACAGAAAGGCGAGGAGGGAAUGUUGGGCCAGCGCGGCCCAGUGGGAGAUCCUGGACGUCCUGGAUAUCCAGGAGUCCCAGGAGUAAACGGUUCCCAGGGUGAGAAGGGAGAUCCCGGAGAGAGGGUGAUGGGCCCUCCAGGCCCCUCAGGGCCCAGGGGGGAAGUGGGACCUCACGGGAUUCCUGGGGAGCGAGGGUCCAACGGCACCUCAGGUCCAGAAGGAAGAAAUGGAUCGGGUGGAAUAGCUGGCCCCCCCGGUCCAGUUGGCCCACAAGGCCCCCCAGGUGUACAAGGUGUUCCAGGAGCGUCUGUCAAGGGAGAUUCUGGGUUACAAGGUAUUCCUGGACCAAGAGGAAUAACUGGAUCCAAAGGUGAUAGAGGAUACCCAGGUGGCCGUGGUGCUAUGGGCCUGAAAGGAGAAUCUGGAUCACCAGGGAUGCCUGGACCAGCAGGACCGAGGGGUUCAAGAGGAUUUCCUGGUUUAAGGGGAUCUCCAGGAACUAACUUUGGGUAGGAGACGAAUGAAACUGGUCUACAGCAAUACGAAGUUGGAAAGUACUUAUGUCUGACCGGAAUCUAUCAAACGGGCUUGGCUACACACGUGGACUGACGAACACACAUGUAUACAUCAGACACACGGGCACCAAAUCACAGACACACAGAGACACAGAGGUGACUACUUGUAUCUACAAAUGUACUAUCACUUUGGAUAAAAGCGUCUACUACUUUUCUUGAUCCAUGAACACCAGAUUAUCCUAAUAGCCGUCUAUUGCUGUGAAAGAGCUCUGAGACAGUACAAACGUUGUCCUUUUAAAUAAACAGUUUUUAAAACACAUUCUGAUACCCUCAUGAUGUAUUUCUUGGUGUAAUGUGUCUUCAUACGUUGAUGGAUAAUUUUUGGCAAAUCUAUUACUGUCAUGGUCUGUCGGUGUCCUUGUCUUGUAUUGGUGUGGUUCCUGUUUUAGUUUGGUAUCUCUGUCUUGUUUCUCCCCAUGUCCGGUCAAGUUUCCCUCCUGUGUGAUUACUGCUCCCUCCCCUAAUGUGUUUCAGCUGUUACUCGUUGCGCACCCUGUGUGUGUUUGGUAUUUAUGCCCUUGUCUUUCCUUUGUUCCUUGUCGGAUCAUUGUAGUUCGUGGUGAGUUGUGUCCUGUGUGUUACCUGUGUUCCCGGUUUUCCGUGUUACCCGCGUCACCUGUGUUCGUGUUCCUUGCCUUUUGCGUUAAUACAUUAUCCUUUAUUGAACUGUCUGCUAUUGGGUCCUACCUGCCUGCCUGCCACCCGCUAACCGUGACAAUUACACAAUGUAUUCAACUAUGGGUUAUUCAUUUAUUGGAUCAAUGAAUUAUGCCUCAAGCUAUUUGAUCAUUUCUCUGCUGUUUCACAGAUUCAUAUGUCCCUGAGAUGAUAUUGAAUGGAGCAGCGGGUAUGAGGGGUCAAAAACCAAACCCAGAGAGUCUGGUGUUUGACCGCCAUAUCAUAUUUCUGUCCUACCAUUCUGUAUGUUAAAGCCAAGGGAUCUAAUAUGCAUUUAUGUCAUAUUUGUUGUUCUCUUUUGCAUCCGAUAGUGACAGCAAUAAAUACCUAAAUACUCAAAGAGAAAAAUAAAAACUGGUAUCUGUGGCUGUCACAGGCCUGUGAUAGGCCAUUUUAUUCU